UGAGCGGAGUAUGUGCAGCGGAAAAAGCUGAGAGAGUGUGGACUGAUAGCAAGCCGGGAAACUGCAGCUCCUGAGAGGCUCCUGCUGCUAGCUGUUGCCCUCCUAAAGUCUGUGAAACUUUUCACUGCUGAGACGCGAAGUAAUGGACAAUUAGAGAGACAUUCAACAGGCUUUCAACAGCUACUUAAAAGCGAGUCUAAGUCACCGCUGCCCUCACAUCGCCCACAGCCUGAACAAAAGCAGCGACCAUGGGCAAACAGAACAGCAAGCUCCGUCCCGACGUCAUGCAGGACCUGAUGGAGAACACGGAGUUCACCGAGCACGAGAUCAUGGAGUGGUACAAGGGCUUCUUGCGGGACUGUCCCAGCGGCGCGCUCUCCAUGGAGGAGUUCAAGAAGAUCUACGCCAACUUCUUCCCCUACGGAGACGCCACCAAGUUCGCCGAACAUGUCUUCCGCACGUUUGACGCCAACGGAGAUGGGACUAUCGACUUCAGGGAGUUCAUCAUCGCUCUGAGCGUGACCUCUCGUGGUCGGCUGGACCAGAAGCUGAAGUGGGCGUUCAGUAUGUACGAUCUGGACGGGAAUGGAUACAUUAGCAAGGCGGAGAUGCUGGAGAUUGUAACGGCUAUUUACAAGAUGGUUUCCUCUGUGAUGAAGAUGCCCGAGGACGAGGCUACACCGGAGAAACGAACGGACAAAAUCUUCAGGCAGAUGGACACAAAUCGAGAUGGUAAAUUGUCCCUUGAGGAGUUUGUUGAAGGAGCGAAAAGCGACCCCUCCAUCGUCCGUACCUGCUGCAUGUGUGAUCCCAGCAGUGCUGGGCUGCUAGAAAACUGGACUCUUCCCCCAUCAUUGCUUUGAUUCCUUUAACACAAUUUUUAAUAUCUUCUCCCAGCUGACCCACCCU